GGUGUUGUCCUGGACUCUGGCCACGAAAAGACCCACUCUCUGUCGGUCCACGACGGUCAACCGUUGCCCAGCAGCAUUCAGACUCUGGCCCUGGGCGGCCGUGACCUCACGCAACACUUAAGGACGCUGCUCCAAGGUCGAGGUCACAGUCUUGCAGGAACGGCGGGGUUAAAAGUCGCACGGGACAUCAAGGAGAAGCUUUGUUACGUCACGGAAAAUCUUCAGGCGAAAAUGAACCCAACGAGUGCGGUGACGUCUCAGGUGAUUUGAAAAUGU